UUACACACCCAGGACUCACACACUGUGACGUCACAAUUGCCGUCUGUUACGCGGGAAUCACAAACUGAUACAAAAUAACCGGCGCAUCACCUGCUACUGUCCUUCCGCUUUCACAGCGUUUACAUCGUCUGAUCAAGCGCAGAGAACUGCACCGUCUUUUACAGGUGUUUUUGUUGCCACUGGUUCCCAUUCUGGGUUUAGAAUGUCUCACAGAGGUAAAACAGUGGUCAUCCCUCCAGAGCUCCCCGGAAUUCUGAAGCAGUUCACCAAGGACGCCAUCCGGACACAACCUGAAGACCUGCUGGAAUGGGCCACACUGUACUUCAGUGCUCUGGUCCAGGGGAAGACGUUACCUGUGAACAGGACACCAGACAAAGUGGUAAACCCCAACACCAUGGACCUCACACCUGAGGUACUCACCACAAUGCACAAAAAGCUACAUAAGAAUGGCACAGUCAGUAAGAAGGAGGUGAGCAAGCUGUGGCGGUCGUUAGGAUUGGCUGACGACCUUCUCAGACACAUCAUGACAGUGGGCUGCUUCGGAGACCAACUUGACUGGAUAAAAUUCUUCGCCCUGGGCUGCAGCUAUCUGGGAGGGACGAUCAAAAACGCCAUGACCCACGCGCUGUACAUCCUGAACUCAGACAGCUCGUGUAAGCCCCCAGACGCCUGCGUCCCCUUCGAGACCUUCCGUUUCCUUUACCUCUACCUGGCAGCGGUGGACAAAGAGGUGUCCCAGGCCCAGAUAGACCGAACCAUUACCUUCUUGGAGGCUCAGGCGAAGGCACGUGAUGGGAUGGUGAAGGUGUCGGACUUCGUCAACAGUCGUAAAGUGCGUUUGGGAUAGACUCACCCUCUUUCCCCUUUAGAACUUUGUUCGAAUAAAGAUGGUUCCAAAGAAAAACUCUGUUAUUGCAUCAAUAUCAGAGGACAGUGUUUGUGUAUGUCCUCCAUCAAUAUCAGAGGACAGUGUUUGUGUAUAUCCUCCAUCAAUAUCAGAGGACAGUGUUUGUGUAUAUCCUCCAUCAAUAUCAGAGGACAGUGUUUGUGUAUAUCCUCCAUCAAUAUCAGAGGACAGUGUUUGUGUAUAUCCUCCAUCAAUAUCAGAGGACAGUGUUUGUGUAUAUCCUCCAUCAAUAUCAGAGGACAGUGUUUGUGUAUAUCCUCCAUCAAUAUCAGAGGACAGUGUUUGUGUAUGUCCUCCAUCAAUA